AUCUUGAAUUGGGCGUUCGUAGCUGAACCACGCAGUUGUUUUCUCCCACUCUCAGGAACGAUGACGAUCGUAACGACGACGUACCAAGCUUUGCUCUGCAACAACCACUCCUUCUUUGGCUCAAAACCUUCACUUUCACUCUCUCACUCCCAAUUUCCCAAUCCAAGACAUUCACAAGCGUCCUCGAACGCUAAGACGUGGCCUGCUACGACUCCACCACCACUUAUAUCCAAUCAUGUAAGGACCCCAGCGUGCCACGCGGCUCGUCGCAAGCCUACUAUCGCCGCCACGCCAUCCACCGAAGAGGGCGACGACAAUUCACGGCGUGUGCUGCAAAUCAUUCUGUGGGUCGCCGAAGGAGUUUACAUUUUGUGGCUCUUCCUGCUUCCUUAUGCCCCAGGAGAUCCUGUGUGGGCAAUUAGUUCAGACACAAUACACUCUCUUGUGGGCCUUUCUCUCAAUUUUUUCUUUAUCUUACCUCUUAUGAACUCUGUUGGCAUUUGUCCAAUUGAUGCCCCAGUUCUUCACCCGGUUUCUGAAGGAUUAUUCAAUUUUGUUAUUGGGUGGACAUUCAUGUUUGCUCCUUUGCUGUUCACGGAUCGUAAGAGGGAUAGAUACAAGAGCUCUUUGGAUGUUCUAUGGGGCCUACAGAUGUUCCUUACAAAUACAUUUCUAAUACCUUACAUGGCUAUUCGGCUGAAUGAGGCUGAUGCAGACUGUACUCUAACCAAGCGCUCUCAGCUGGGCUCUGUGAUGACAAAUGGUGCACCUAUUGUUGGACUGAUUGGUGGGGGCAUAUGUCUCAUAUCUGCAUUGUGGGCUCUCUUUGGUCGAAUGGAAAGUAAUUUUGGGAGCAUAGGAGACAGAUGGGAAUUCUUGGUCAGUUAUCUGGGAUCAGAGAGGCUGGCUUAUGCCUUCAUUUGGGAUAUAUGUUUUUACACAAUUUUCCAGCCUUGGUUGAUCGGUGAUAACCUUCAAAACGUUCAGAAAAGCAAAGCUGGUAUAGUAAACUAUCUAAGAUUUGUCCCCGUGGUUGGCUUAAUCUCUUACCUUCUCUGUUUGAAUCUUGAUGACGAAUUUUAGCUUCAUGUAAUGUUGAGUCAAUUCUGAAUAUCAAUGAACUAUAUAUAUAUAUAGUGAACAGUAAACACAAUUUGAAUUG